GAACACCAAGAUAUGUGUUUUAACAGUUAACACCUCCUAGAGCUCCCCCCUAAAGCUACAGAUUGCCAGUCCUCACCUCUUACAACAGAAGGGCGAAAAUUGCGGCCUGUCCCAAAAUACUAGACCAAAGAACAUACCACAAACAUAUGGUAAUGUUUUUUCUUCAUACCUGAUGUUGGAAAGAUUGUAUUGAAUUGUUUAACUUUGUUUGGUUGUUGGAAAUAAAUUGUUCUUCUGAAAGAAAUGUUGAAAAUUUACAGUAAAGUAGUAUAGGCUAGUGUCGAACUGAAGAAUUGCACUCUCCCUCUUUAACGUGGUGAUCUGGUUUUAGCUCUGGGUGCAUAUGACUAUGACCAUUCAGAACACCCGAGCAACAUAAGAAUCAGCAACCACACUACUCCUGUGGACUGUAACAUAAUCCUGUUGCAGUGGCGUAUUUGUAAAUGUGUUAUGUAACAUGCAUUCGUCUUUGCAGCCGCUGAUGUUCUUUUGUGGAAAGACAAGAAGAUGUCUGCUGCAGUAAUAGGGGGUGCAACUGUCAUAUGGCUUCUGUUCGAAGUUGUCGAAUACAAUUUCCUGCCUCUGGUAUCUCACGUGCUGAUCGGUACCCUGGCAGUCGUGUUCUUGUGGUCCAAGGCCACCGCUUUUAUCAACAAGAGCCCGCCUGAUAUUCCUCAAGUACAGAUAUCUGAAGAGCUCGCUGCCAAUAUCGUGAAAGUGCUGCGCACUGACAUCAACCAAGCACUUGGCUUGCUUCGGGAGAUCGCCUUGGGGCAUGACCUGAUGAAGUUUCUAGGCGUGAUUGUCGCUCUAUGGAUUCUUUCUGAAAUUGGGAGCCUCUGUGACUUCCUGACCUUGAUAUACGCUGCGGCCUUGAUGCUCCACACGGUACCGAUCUUGUACCACAAGUACCAGGACAAGGUGGAUCAUUUCGCCGGGAAGGCGCACGUCGAGCUCCGCAAGCAGUACGCGGUCCUCGACGCCAAGGUUCUGAGCAAGAUACCAAGAGGUCCUGUGAGAGCAGAGAAGCAGGAGUAGAACAGGAACCCAGUCGUGGAUAAAUCUGGCUUCUCUGCAGAUUGUGUAAUGUGAGUCUGUGGUCGAUGGCUGAUGUAGUGUGGUUUGGCGACUCGGUGUGCGUGAAGAUGUGUCCUGUCUAAUGUUUUCUCUGUUCGCGACACAGAUGGUUCUACCGCGUGUUCUUGCACCUGUCUAAAUGGGGUUGUAAAUCCAGAUCGUGUUAUACAACUAUGUUGAAAUGUCGUUACUCAUACA